CACUCAGACGUCAGUGAUCGCCCCACACACGUGACGGGGGCCCGUGUGAUCACUGAUGACGUGUCCGGAGCUGACAGGCUGCGCCGCAUCUGUACCCAGCCGGAGAAGCUUGAACCCGGGACCGCAGCCAUGGACAACUCCGGGAAAGAGAAGGAGGCUCUGGCUCUCAUCGCCGAGGCCGAAAAGAAAACGAAAUCCUCGCAGUCCUUCUUCGCAAGCAUGUUCGGGGGGUCCUCCAAGCUGGAAGAAGCCUGCGAGAUGUACAUCAGAGCAGCCAACAUGUUCAAAAUGGCAAAGAACUGGAGCGCGGCUGGGAAUGCGUUUGCGCAGGCGGGCCAGCUGCACCUGCAGCAGCAGAGCAAACACGACGCAGCCACGAGCUUCAUCGACGCGGGGAACGCGUUCAAGAAAGCAGAUCCACAGGGUAGGGAUCA